CUCUCGAUUCUCUCAACUGACUCACAGUAGCUGUCUCCCCAGCUUCACAGCAUUCUCACUCAUUCCUAUCAUGCACUGCGUAGUACUCCCCACGGAGAUAAACGGCGUUAACCCCGAGGUGACGCAGACAGCCCUGUAAACCCCGGCGGCCCAAGUCCUUUAAAAUGGCAGACAAAGAAGCGCCCUUGGCGUUGCCUGUCUCGUUCUCCAUCGCAGCACUCUCGUUCGAAUAAGCGAUCACCUCGGCGCCAAAUCUCCAUCGAUCUGCGUGGUGUUCUAUUUCUGUCUGCCUGCCGCCAUGUCUUGUCCCGACUGCUUCUCCGGCCAUAUCCAUGCGGGCUCGCCGCAGGGAACGGUGACUUUCCUGCAUGGGCUGGAUGUUUACGUCGCGGAGCCAUCUGCCGGGGCGGAUGCCGUUCGGGGAAUUAUUAUCAUCAUCCCCGAUGCCUUUGGGUGGGAGUUUGUCAACAAUCGCAUUCUGGCGGACCGCUACGCCGAGAAGGGCAGGUAUAAGGUGUAUCUGCCGGAGUUCAUGAAUGGACGUCCCGCGCCCACCUGGCUGAUCGGCACGAUGCGUUCAUUGAUGAAAACCGAUUCUCUGCUGGCCUGGCUGACCAAACCAUACCACCUCGUGUGGGCCGCCUCGGCCUUCCUCCCGUUCAUAUACUACAACAAGUUCAGCCUGUCGUGGCCGGUGGUGCGGUCGUUUUUCGCCGCGGUGCGCCAGAAUGAAGGCGCUGGGCUGCCGAUCGCGGCGGCGGGCUUUUGCUGGGGCGGCAAGCAUACUGUCAACCUGGCGCAUGGGGCCGAGGUGGAUGGGAAGCCCUUGAUCAAUGCCGGGUUCACGGGCCAUCCGAGUCUCCUGGAACUGCCCGGAGACAUCGAGAAGAUCACGAUCCCCACCAGUUUCGCCAUGGGAGAGCUGGACCGGGUGGUGAAGAUGCCGCAGGUCAUGCAGAUCAAGGAUAUCGUGGAGACUCGGAACGGCGUGGGCGAAGUGAAGGUCUACUACGGAGCGGGUCACGGGUUCUGCGUGCGAGCGGACACGGCGUUGGACAAUGCGGACAAGCAGGCCGUCGAGGCCGAGGAUCAGGCGCUGGACUGGUUUAACCGUCACUUUGCGGAAGUCUCGUAGUGGCACGAAUCAUGUUCAUUGGAAGUUUUCAACGCAGCUUUUCUAUGAAACCAUAUCACUUGUCACUGGGGCUUUGAUCCCCUUCCACCAACGCCUUCAGGCUGCCUCCUGGCCGCGCGAGGAGCCCCUGGUACGAUCCGGUUUCCAUGACGCGGCCCUGCUCAAGAACCACGACGUUGUCUGCAAUCUCCAUCAUCUCCCUUGCAUGCGUGAUUAUGAUCACAGUUAGCCCUGAUUGGGCCGCGACCAG